AGGGGACGGGGACAUGGCUGAGGAGGCCUGGCUUGUGACAUGGUGCAGCAGAGCCUGUGAUGGGGCAAUAGGGACCAUGCCCGUGCUCCUACCCUGAGUCAGAGUGAGGGGAGUGCUAGCAUCUCCCACCACAGCUCGUGGAUCAUUGAGCCACCUUCUCAGCGAAGGGCCAUGGAAGAAGGACUCCCUGGGACAAACAUGAGGAGCGCAGCCAAGCCCUGGAGUCCAGUGACCAGGGCAGGGAGCCAUGGGGUGGACCGCCCCCGGCCCCUCCCCGUCCCCUCUCCCGGCAUGAAGAGCUCCAAGUCUUCCACCUCGCUGGCUUUUGAGUCCCGACUCAGCAAGCUCAAGCGGGCCAGCAGCGAGGACACCCUCAACAAGCCCGGGGCGGCCGUCGCUUCCGGGGCAGCAGCUCGGCUGAAAAAGACGUCCACGUCCGGGGCCAUCUCCGAGCUCACCGAGAGCCGCCUGAGGGGCCCCUCAGGGGCCCUGACAGCCACCAAGAGGACAGGCAUUCCUGCCCCUCGAGAACUUGCCGUCACUGUCUCGAGAGACAGAACUGUGCCACGCGGUCCCUCCAACUCAAGGAAAGUGACCACCAGCCCCACCUCUUCCAGCACGCCCACCCCCACCAAGCACGUGCGGGCUGCUCCCCCAAGACCCCGGCCGGAGCAUGAAGGUGCAGAGAAGGCUGUGCUCGAGUCCCAGGUCCGGGAGCUCUUGGCAGAAGCUAAAGAGAAAGACAGUGAGAUCAACAGGCUCCGAAGUGAACUCAAGAAAUGGAUGGAGAAACGGACUCAGGACAGUGAAGGCGGGGAUGCUUUGGACUCCAGUGUGGACGGAGCAUCAGUCUUGCCAGGUGACUCGGAACCUUUGAUCCGAGCCCUUGAGGAGAAGAACAAGAGCUUCCAGAAAGAGCUCGCAGAGCUCGAGGAAGAAAACCGGGCCUUGAAAGAGAAACUGACUUAUUUUGAGCAUUCCCCAGAUUCAGAGAGGGGAGCAAGUCACACCGGGGACAGCAGCUGCCCGACGUCCGUAACUCAGGAGUCCAGCUUCGGGAGCCCGACGGGGAAUGAGGCGUUGGGUGAAAUUGAUGUGUACAGAAAAAACCCACAUGAGGGUGCCCUGCGGACAUCAGGCUCUUCCAGCAGUGAUGUCACCAAGGCCUCCUUAUCCCCGGAUGCCUCUGACUUCGAACACAUCCCAGCAGACACCCUGGGGCCCCUGUCCCCUGUUGGGAGCCUUGUCAAGAGCUCCAAGUGCUCGGCAGCUGGCAGCUCCCCGAACACAGCGAGCGAGCUGUCCUUGGCGUCCCUGGCAGAGAAGAUCCACAGGAUGGAGGAGAACCAGCACAGCACGGCCGAGGAGCUGCAGGCCACGCUGCAGGAGCUGUCUGACCAGCAGCAGAUGGUGCAGGAGCUGACGGCUGAAAAUGAGAAGCUGGCGGACGAGAAGACGCUCCUGGAAACGUCCUUCCGUCAGCACCGGGAGAGGGCGGAGCAGCUGAGCCAGGAGAAUGAGAAGCUUAUGACCCUCCUGCAGGAGCGUGUCAAGGGCGAGGAGCCUGGCGCCCAGGAAGGCAAGAUCCUGGAGCUGGAACAGAAGUGCACAGAGAUCCUGGAGCAGGGCCGCUUCGAGCGUGAGAAGCUGCUGAGCAUCCAACAGCAGCUGACAUGCCGCCUGCGCACCGUCGAGGAGGAGCACCGCAGUGCCUUGGAGCUGGUCCGGCACCUGCAGGAGGUGAAUGGGGAGCUGACCACCCGCCUGGAGCUGGAGCGGCACAGCGGUGGCCCCACAGCUGAGAUCCCAGCAGCUCGUCAGCUUCCCGUGGAAGGGCUCCAGGUAGAGAACGGGUCUUUGCAGGCCUCCCUGGAGAACGAGGAGCAGAAAACUGGAGGGGCCAGCCCCCUAGGGCCCAUGGCUGAGGGCUGCGAUGUCCAGGAAAUGCUGACUGUGGCUCGAGCCGAGAAGGACCAGCUGGAACAGUCCUGCUCGGAGCUCAGGCAGGAGCUGCUGAAGGCACAUGGGGAGGUGAAGCGCGUUUCAAGCCUGCUGGCCAAGGUGGAAAAGGAUUACUCUUACCUAAAGGAGAUCUGCGAUCACCAGGCAGAGCAGCUGAGCAGAACCAGCCUGAAGCUACAAGAGAAAGCGUCAGAGAGUGACGCAGAGAUCAAAGACAUGAAGGAGACCAUAUUCGAGCUGGAGGACCAGGUGGAGCAGCAUCGUGCUGUCAAAUUGCACAACAACCAGCUCAUCAGUGAGCUGGAAAGCAGCGUGAUGAAGCUGGAGGAACAGAAGUCGGACCUGGAGAGGCAGCUGAAGACUCUGACGAAGCAGAUAAAGGAUGAGACGGAAGAGUGGCGGCGCUUCCAGGCUGACCUGCAGACGGCGGUAGUGGUGGCCAAUGACAUCAAGGUUGAGGCCCAGCAGGAGCUGCGCGCCGUCAAGCGGAGGCUGCUGGAGGAGGAAGAGAAGAACGCCCGGCUGCAGAAGGCGCUGGGGGACGCACAGGCCCGUGGAAGACCAGUGAAGGAAGAGCCCGAGCCCUCGGAGGCAGACGCUCCUGGCCGGUGGCCCAGCGCCUACGUGAACAGGACUCCUCCAACACCUUCAGAGUCUGCGACCACUGUGAAGUCCCUCAUCAAGUCAUUUGACUUGGGACGACCAGGUGGUGCUGGGCAGAAUAUUUCUGUCCACAAGACCCCCCGGAGUCCCCUGAGUGGGAUCCCUGUGAGGACGCCCCCAGCUGCUGCUGUUUCUCCAAUGCAGAGGCAUUCUGCCUUCAGCGGUGCUCGGCCGGCCAGCAAAGGAGUGACUCAACGCUUGGAUCUCCCAGACCUUCCCCUCUCAGAUCUCCUGAAGGGAAGAGCUGAGGACCUGAAGCCAAACCCUUAUCUCCGCAAGAGCCCCUCUCUCGAGUCCCUGAGCAGACCCCCUUCUCUGGGCUUCGGGGGCUCCAGGCUGCUGGGCACCUCCCAUGGGGGCUGGAAGCCGCAGAGCAAACUCAGUGUGGAAAGAAGAGACCCCCUGGCGGCCCUGGCCCGGGAAUACGGCGGCUCCAAGCGCAACGCUCUCCUCAGGUGGUGUCAGAGGAAGACAGAGGGCUAUGCGAACAUUGAUAUCACCAAUUUCAGCAGCAGCUGGAGUGAUGGCUUGGCCUUUUGUGCUCUCCUCCACACCUACCUGCCUGCCCACAUCCCAUACCAGGAGCUGAACAGCCAGGAGAAAAAAAGAAAUCUCUUGUUGGCAUUUGAAGCAGCUGAAAGUGUAGGCAUCAAACCCAGCCUGGAGCUCAGUGAGCUGCUGCACACGGACCGGCCUGACUGGCAGAGCGUGAUGCGGUAUGUGGCCCAGAUCUACAAGUACUUCGAGACGUAGGUCCUGUGUGUCCCACACCCACUGUGUGUCCUGGACGCACCUGGUCUGUGCUGUCAGCCACCCACUGUCUGGAUUUCCAAGGCAGGCUCCACGCAAGUCCGACACACAAACAAGAAACAGCGGGGUCCGCCGCACCCACCCUGAACCCUGACACAUAUGGACUGUAAGUCGGGGGUCGUGCUCCCAGGGGCCCCCUUCUCCUGUGGGAGCCCUGCGAUGUGUUCAGUGGAGCUGCCCUGAGUCUCACGACAAACAUCUAAACCCAUCAUCUUUCUACUAAGAAUCCUGGCUUCUGCCUUCUAAAAACUCUGCACUUGCCAGUCCAGCCCCUCCAGAAACACCGAGCAGGACACAAAAGGACAAAGUUGGCUCUCGAGCAGCUCUGAGUCACGUGAGCCCUGCCUUUUGGGGACAGACUUGGUUCCCAGAGAGGAUUUUGCCACCGUUAGGUCUCCUGUCCCUUCAUUCUCUGGGUGGGAGACCAAAUGUUUGAGAUGAAAGGAGCCCCUGGGUGUGUGCUCGGUGCCCCUGGGAGGGACAGGAGGGGGUGUGUCUGGGGCGUGGUCACACCAGGACUGGUGCUUGGCAGUGAACAGAAAGCCUCUGUGACCUCACCAGCUCCUUGCGUCCUGCACAUGUUCAUGCCCGUCCACACCCACGUGCUUGCACACGCAAAACUUGACAGAGUCCCUCAGACAGAAGGGACGGGCCUGUGUUGGCCAAGGUCUUCCUGCUUUUGCACAAGCAGGCUGAAGACAUGUCUUUUGGGGGUGCUGGGCAGACAGCUUCUCAGGUCUGGCUUUGGCUUAGUCCUUCCCCGGGCCUCUUAAAUUUGCAAGGACAGGAGGCCUGAGCGAGGCAGGGAGGGCUCGGGUAUGACUGGAUGAAGGGCAUCGGCUUUCCUAGCACAUGCAGUCAUCCCAUGUGGCUGCAGAGCACCCCCCCAGAACAGCCCUUCCCCCAGAGCACACCCCCCCGGAGAGCAGUCCCUCCCCUGGGUCGUGCAGGCAUGGGUGCAGGUCAUCACCUGGGCAAAUACAUGCACAUUUCAUGGCAAAUGAGGCCCACCCUGGCCCAGGGGGCUCCCACAGCUGCUGGCAUCAGUGCCCUCUGACUCAGGUCCAUUGACAUUCCCUGAGCCCAGGGCUACCCACCCUGCCCAGUACACCCUGUGAGCCCGGGGGGCAGGCGGGCCCUUCUGCACACCUGGGCCCUGUUGGACCCUGUCCUGGGAGGUGUGAGCUCGGCCCCCCUGCCCAGUUGCCUUGGAGGAGACACUGGCCCCGCCAGGGUGCAUCCGUCCCCCUCAGGCUGCAGAGGUGACCCACUGGGAUUCUUGUCUGGGGGCUCCCCAACAGCAUACACCCCCUCACCUGCCCCGGCCUGGGGUCAGAAUGUCAGGAAGGGACACCAGCGUCAUGUUGUGUGUAUUUUCAAAGUCCCCGAGAAGCGCUGGAAGGGGAGUCUGGUGACAGUAACCAUGUGGGGUGUCUUCAUGUGGAAGGUGGAGCCACCUUCCUGGACAGUCCGCUGGAAGUUACCUGGUGUCUCCUCCCAGGUGUCUGCCUCCUCCUCGCCCCCCUGCUCCUGCCUUGCUCACCCCACAAGGGGAUGUCACACCCAAAAGGGGUUCGUUGGUGGCUGUGUUUACUCUGGGUUCACUGCAGGCUCUGCGGGAGGGGUUGCUGUUGCCUGGUGCUGCUCCUGGUGCCCUGUGGUUCCUGAGAGGGUCUGGGAUCGGCUCCUGAGGCAGUCUCUCGGUGGGGGGCUCACUUCAGGUUAAAAAGAAGAGGGGGCCAUGUGCAGUUUAUUUUUAUAACUCGGAGAGGUUGCCCAAUUCCCCUUGCUGCCCAGCGGGCAGGCUAGAGCACAGCGUGCCUGUGUCCUGCCCGAGGGACCAGGUGGUGUAGAGCAGUCUGGCCCUGGGCAUCCUGGUGUGGGGUCAGGUCUUCCAGUACUGAAGAGGCGGGGGGUCACCUCAGUCUGAUUUUAAUUGAGGAGCUCAGAGCACAAGUUGAGUGUGGAAUGUUUUUAAAGUUGAGAACACAUGGUGGUUACCAUAAGCGCACCCCACCCUCACCAGUUCCCUGUCCUGAGGUUUUCACAGGCCACUGUAUCUGUGUUUCUUCCCAUCUUCCUCCACCCAGCACUUUGUCAUUUAAAAUUAUUUGGUGGUUCUGCAAAUCCUUUUUCCAAAAAAAAUGCAUUAUUUUUAUACGCAAGAUAGAUACAAAAUGCAAGAUCCCCAAGAGGGGCGGAGUUGUUUUAAGACACAAAGAGAAGCCCUUGGCUCUUUGUGUGCUGAGUUGUUUCCUGGCUGAUGGUGGUGCCACAGCCCCUGCCCACUGGGCUGGCCAUCUGGGAACCCACACCUCUCCUGGCCCGUCCCUCCUCACCUCAGAAACGAUGGUGGUCUUUGGUUUUCGCUCUUCACUCAGCUGUUGUAUAGCUUUUGUUGAGACCACCCAAGGACCCCAGGGGACCCACACCUGGUGUCACGGUGUCCGUGGGUCUCAGCCCCAGAAUGGUGGGCUGCUUUCCCAGCCCCCUGCUGUCCCCACCAAGGGACAGGCCCCUCUCUGUGCCCUGCCUGGGAUGGAGGACUCGAUCAUCAGAUACAAGCUCCUUUACACAUCCAGCCCCAGUCCUCCCCAGCCCAGAGCCCGAGGGCCAUUUGAGAGGAAGUGAGAGUGGCAUGCAGCAAUGGACGGGACUCAGAAGCCCUUUUAUAAAGGAUAUUUAAUAUCGUGGCCCCAGCUUCGUGGCAGGUUUCACUUUUCUGGCCAGGUUAAAGUUUGGCUGGGCCUACGCUGCCCUGAGCAGCUCUCUGACUGUAACCACACGGGCUGAGUGCAGUGGAUGAAUGCGGCCUUGUUUCUGCCAGGAGUGCAGAGUGCCAAGCAUGGUCCAGACACGACAGAUGCGUGUGCAAAUGUGGACACGACCAAGUAUGACAUAUGACUCUGUAAUAUUUCUAAUAAAUAUAUUUUGUUUCUGUCUGAUUGUGAA